AGAGCGAAGAUAUCGAACAGUACAUGAUUUCUUACGACUGACACAGCACGUCUGAACAGAACUGCUUCUAGGACAACUGACUCUGUGCUAAUGUUAUGAGUAUAAACCGAGGACUUGGAUGAAGGACAAUCUGACAAAACUGGGAAUGAAGGUUACACCCUGACGGUUCUGUGAGCAUUUGAUAAGCAGACAGCAACUUUCUGACACGUGGGUUUCAACACACACACACCCUCUCUCUCUGUGAACUCAAACGAGCUUCUUCCUGCUCUCAUUUACAUCAGAAAUCAGCCCCCAGCGAAGAUCUGAAGCACGAUGACAUCUCAGGUCUCAAAGACGGUCCUGCGACUGGAGGCUGAAGACGUCCAGGCACUGAAAGAUGGAAUUAAUUUUAAGAAACACCCAGAGGAUGGUAAAUGUUACAUCAUUUACAAAAGCAAAGACAAAAUUCGAGCAUGUAGGAACCAGUGCAAACACCAGGGAGGACGCUUCAGUAAAGACAUAGAGGACUUGGAUGGCCGAACAGUGCGCUGCACCAAACACUACUGGAAACUUAACGUGGCCACUAUGGAGUACGUCAACCCUCCGGACAGCUUCAUGCAAGACGAACUUGAGGCAGUGCUGUCAGAUACUGACGGUAGUUUAGAGCUGCUGGAGUUGAAUCCUCCAGACCCCUGGACCGCAGAACCCCGAGAAUCACAAGAGCUACACGCCGGAGAGAUUACGGUUUUUGGAAAAGACCAACUCUGUUGGAGCACUUUCUGUCAGGGUUUGGCAAGGAGGAACUCAAAUGCAGACAGGAAACACAACACGAAGGGUUUAUUUACAAAAAGGGGAAAAACAAAACCCACGAGGGGGAAAACACGGAGUAAGUUGACCUAUUUCACACAUGCAUGUAUGGAGCUGAAAGCGGGGAACAAGCGGAUGAUGUUUGACCCGUGGCUCACAGGACCAGCAUUUGCGAGAGGAUGGUGGCUCCUUCACGAACCUCCGUCUGAAGCCAUGGACAGACUCAGUCAGGCCGAUCUCAUUUACAUCAGCCAUAUGCAUUCAGAUCACCUGAGCUACCCGACUUUGCAACGUCUUUCCAUGAAGCGUCCAGAUAUUCCCAUUUACGUUGGAGACACUUCACGGCCAGUGUUUUGGUAUCUUGAGAAAAGUGGAGUGAAUUUAACAAACGUCAACGUUGUGUCAUUCGGCGUGUGGCAGAAUGUUGACGAGCACCUGCGAUUUAUGAUUCUGAUGGACGGAGUUCAUCCGGAGAUGGACACCUGCUUGAUCGUGGAGUAUAAAGGUCACAUGAUCCUGAACACAGUGGACUGCACCAGACCAAACAAUGGACGUCUUCCUCACGGCGUUGAUUUGAUGAUGAGCGACUUCGCUGGUGGUGCCUCCGGUUUCCCCAUGACCUUUCACGGUGGGAAAUACACCGAAAGCUGGAAGGCAGGUUUCAUCAAGAACGAGAGGAAGAAGCUGUUAAACUAUAAGACGCAGCUGGUGAGAUCACUGCAGCCCAAGAUCUACUGUCCGUUUGCGGGAUACUUCACCGAAGCACAUCCCUCUGACAGGUACAUAAAGGAGACAAACAUCAAGAACAGCGCAGCAGAUCUGAAUGAAUCGAUAAAGAAGAGCUGUCCGAACAUCUUAACCUGGACUCCUUUACCCGGAUCAGUCCUGGAUUUGGCCCUCGCGCUACAGGACCCAUCCAACAGGAGUGCUAUCACUGAACCGCCCAAAGACACAAAGAUCUUUAAGGACAGUUGGGACUUUGACUUAUAUUUGGACGAACUGAAUGCUUCGAUUUCAGCUGAAAUCUUUAAAUACAAAAGCUGGAUCCAGUACUAUUAUAACUGGGCAGGAUUUAAAGACUACAAUCUGGUCAUUCGGGUCAUUGAGACGGAUGAUGAUUUUGAGCCUCUGAAGGGAGGUUACGAUUAUCUAGUGGACUUUCUGGAUCUUUCUUUCCCAGACGUGCGUCCGGAGAGAGAUCACGCAUUUGAGGAGAUCAAGAAUCGAGUUAAUGUGAUGAGACAUGUGGUUUUGAACGGCCGGCUGUGGGACGACCUGUACAUCGGCUUCAGUAACAGAAUGAGUCGAGAUCCUGAUGUUUAUCACCACAAGUUCUGGAAUCAUUUUCAGACAGAACUUCCUCUAUCCGCACCAGACUGGGAUGCUUUCCUUCAGAAGGCCUGUGUAAGCAGUAACGGCUGUGUGCUUUCUUAACUCAAACACACACAUGCACAGUUAUUGUUCUGGGUCAAAACACUAAAUGAUUCUGAUGCUGCUUUAGCAUUUCUGCCUUAAUAACCUUAAAUAACCCUACUGAGGUUACUAUUUAUGAAGUUUCUAGGGAAGACUAUAAUGAUUAUUUUCUAUAAUGAUGGUAAACGGUACGAUUUUUAGUGUGUGCAUUAUAUCCUAAUUUAAUGAAUGAAUAAUCUGGUCGAGUUAUAAAACACUGGAAUGAGAUUCAAUCAAUUUUAUGAUUAGAAAUGUACAUUAUGGGGUUGAAAUUUUUUGUGGUAUUGUGGAAAAUGUAAUUUUUAACAGCAUUUGUGUUCCACAAUAUAUUGUAUUUUUUUAAUAUUAAUUUGCACUGUGUUAAAUUGAAUAGGACAAGAAAAUACUGUAGAAAAAGUAAAUAAAAGACACUGCUCAAAUAA